AUGGCCGUGGUUGUGCAUGCUAGCGAAAUUCAACCCGUCUCGGAGCACGAGCUGCGCGAAUGGUCCUCUCGCCUCUGCAACCCCAAGUCGAGUCUUGUGGAGCGGUCGAGGGCCCUGUGGGGGCUUAGGCACGCCAAGGAACUGCUUGCCUGCCAGCUGAUAGGCCAGUUUAUCUGUCGCCAUGUACCGCCCGACCCUGUCGCCAACGACCUGCUUCAACACGAGGCCGCCUAUUGCCUGGGCCAACGGGGCAAUUUGGCCGCCAUUGACGACCUUAUGACGGUCGUCCGAGAAGUCCGCCAUUCGCCCAUUGUCCGCCAUGAAGCAGGCGAGGCACUGGCUGCGAUUGCCGGUUGCGCAAGCCCUGCCGAACGGGCCAGGAUCCGCGAACUGUUGGAAACGUACAAAUCCUGCGAUGUCGUCGAGGUGAGAGACGCGAAUGCAAUGUGCCAAGCGUGGGUGUGUUUGUGA